AUCAUAUCCAUAAUUAUUUUGCAAUUCGUGAAUACAAUAACCUUCAUGGACUACAUCUUUACUACAACAUCUAACGCAUUCAUGAUAGCUUGACCCUCCGCUACUAUGGGGUUUGAGUAACCUUGUUUAUUCCAUAUUAUUGAUGUCCUUAUUGUUUUCAUUGUCUUUGUUUUGCUAGGUAUUACUUUCCCCAUCUUCCAGAUCUCUUAUCUAAUUUAUGUUGGUUAUUUUGUUGUCUUUAUUGUUCUGCAGAGUGAUUUGACCUUUAGAGCACUCACCAUGAAACCCAUUAGUUAUUCUUCUCGAGGUAUGGUUGCCAUCCUUAUUCCAGGUAAUAUCCAGAAUUCUUGAAACAUGACAUAUAUCAAACAGUUCAUAAUAAUGCUUGCUGUAUUUGUCUAUUUUUUCCUUUCCUUUCUUUGUAUUAAUUCAUUGGUCCUCAUUAUCUCUGAUGUUAUCCUUUUGUAGAAACUUCUUGUUCUGGUCCUUCUUUUACUUCUUCUAGUUCUGUGUAUCAUAAACACGCUGAAGACGAAAACAAUGGCUUCCGAUGACAAAUCAGCGACAUGACGAAAACAAUGGCUUCCGAUGACAAAUCAGCGACAUGACGAAAACAAUGGCUUCCGAUGACAAAUCAACGACGUUUCCGAAGAAUUACGGUUACGAUUUGGUUUUGGGAUGAAUCGCUGCUUUCUACAUACUCAUGGUACCUUACACUAAGGUCGAAGAAAGUUUCAAAUGUUCAGGCAAUGCAUGAUAUUCUUUAUCAUCGGUUUCACAUAGAUAAUUUUGAUUAUCUGGAGUUUCCUGGCGUUGUUCCUCGCACUUUCAUUGGCGCUUUGCUUGUCUCACUUGUUGCGUCUCCGAUUGUGUUAAUUGCAAGUUUACUGCAUUUGCCAAAGUUUUAUGCUCUUCUCAUAGUUCGAAUGGUCAUAGGAUGCAUCAUACUGUAUACACUAAGAUUCUUCCGUCAACAGAUCAGGAAUAAAUUUGGGCGCCAAGUAGAAACCUUCUUUGUGAUACUAACUUCCAUUCAGUUUCAUUUUCUGUUCUAUUGUUCUCGCCCGCUUCCUAACAUUCUUGCUUUGGGUAUAGUGAAUUUGGCGUUUGGGUACUGGUUCCAGGGGCGCUUUUUAUGCUGCUCUAAACUCUUUGGUGUUGCUAUUGUCCUAUUAAUUCAUUUGGAAUUGUGAAAAUUUCUUCUGCGAGAAUGUUUUCGGUGAGUGGAUGCUGUUGUUUGCCAAAUGAAAAAGAAAAUUUGUUUUUGGUUGUAUAGGGUGAGAUCAAAUCUUGUAUCUCAUGCGCUUUCAAUUAUAGUUUUUGAAAUCCAAUUUCAUGUGUGUUAUUACUAGAGAUUGAAAUCCUUAUUUAUUUUCUUUCUUUGGUUUUAUCCAAAUAUCUAUUUCUUAUCUUUCUCUCUUUUGCUGAUUUUCAACUAACAAUAAGUGACAGAAAAAAAUGGCAGCCAUUGAAAAUCCAAACUUUGUUUGAGGAUCAAACUGGAUUUAGUUCUUUCACGUUCAAAGUUGGUCCAUUUUGAAGGCAUUUGCUAUUAGCCAUUGAAAAUCCAAACUUUGUUUUGAGGAUCAAAUUGGAUUUAGUUCUUUCACGUUCAAAGUUGGUCCGUUUUGAAGGCAUUUGCUAUUAUAGCUAACAUAUUUCUGGAUCUUAUCAUUGUGGUUACAAUAUUUGAGCCGUCGAAUACUAAAGACAUUCUUCACAUAUGUGCUUUGAUGAUUUUUAAUGACAUUGCAUCAUUCUUCACGCUUAAGUUUAUGACAUGAUAUGUUACUAAUACAACUAUAUUGAUUUGAUUUUGUUUUGCCUUUAUAGUGGGGUGGUUAACCAUAGAGCAUGGGUUUGUUCAAUGCAGUGAAUUAUUUCAACGGGUUAAACGAAGAAUGUGAUGUAUUUCUCCAAAUCACAAUGACGAGGUAGAUCGUUGGGUUUCAGCAGCAGAUUCUGCGACCGCCUUUAUGACAGCAACUGUCUUAUAUGUCCAAACUGCGAUAGACUCUGCCCACAACGCUGCCGCAUCAGCCCAAAGUGUAACUGACAUUCUUCAGAAUGCAAACCACUCUUCCGCACCUGACGCAACAACUUGAAUAUUAGUAAUAAUAACUAAAUUUUUAGAGAAACAACUAAUAUUCAAGUUGUUACUCUCAUGCGGAUGCUGCUGAGGCCGUUGUGUGUCCAGUUGCGUCACGUGACAAGUCUCAUGCAUUGAGUGUGUAUCCUGUUGUCGGAUGGGAAGACUCGUUUGCAUUCUUAAGAGUGUCAGUUACACUUUGCGAUGAUGCGCCGACGUUGCAGGCAGAGUCCGUUCAGUUUGGACAGAUACGGCGGUUGUUGCCAUAGAGGCUGCCGCAGCAGAUUCUGGUACUGAAACCCGACGGUCGACCUCGUCCUGGUGAUUUGGAGGAAUACACCACAUUCUUUGUUUAAGAUGUUGAAAUAGUUCACUACAUUGCAUAAACCCAUACUCUAGGGUUAACCAUCCCACUACACAAAGACAGAACAUAAUCAGAUUAGUAUAUUUAUAUUAGCAACGUAUCGGGCCAUAAACUUGAGCGUGAAGACUGAUGCAAUGCCAUUAAAAAUCACAAAUGUGAAGAAUGCCCUUAGUAUUCGACGGCUCAAAUAUUGUACUCACAAUGAUAAGAUCGAAAAAAAUGUUCAAAAAGUGUGAUGCUUUGAACGUGAAAGAUCUAAAUACACAGCGAUAGAGUUUGGAUAUUCAA